GGUAUCUCGUCUAGUCAUUUGAGAUGGCAGAAAAUGGGAAGUUCCGAAUUGAGAAGUUCGAUGGUACAGAUUUCAGUUGGUGGAAGAUGCAAAUUGAAGAUUUACUGGUUCAGAGAGAUUUGGACGUGGUUUUAGGUGACAAGCCAGAAAAGAUGUCGGAUGCAGAUUGGGCAGGUUUGGAUCGGAAAGCAAUGUCCGUGAUCCGUCUCUCGUUGACCAAGAAUGUUGCGUUCAACAUUCUGAAGGAGAAGACAGCGAAGGGAAUUAUGGAAGCGUUGUCUAACAUGUACGAGAAGCCAUUUGCAGCGAAUACAAUUUUUCUGAUUAGAGAGCUAGUGAACACAAGAAUGAAAGAAGGCACUUCUGUUACCGAGCAUAUCAAUAAGCUGAAUUCGAUCUUAGCAAGACUUGCGUUAGUGGGCAUUAAGUUCGAUGAUGAAGUUCAAGCUUUGCUACUGCUAUCGUCUUUGCCUGAUAGUUGCGGUGAAGCAUUGCAGAUUCUGGUUAUUGGAGACUUUGGAAAGGUACGACUAGCGGACGACAGAGCUCUUGAUGUGGCGGGCAUGGGUGACAUGGUGUUGAAGACAUCAGUCGGUUUCUGGACUUUGAAGGAUGUCAGAGUGGUUCCAGCCUUGAAGAAAAUUUUGAUUUCUAUCAGGCAGUUGGACGAACAGGGACACGAGGUGAAGUUCAGAAAUAGGUAGUGGAAGGUCGUGAAGGGAAAUCUUGUCAUGGGCCGCAGAAGGAAGAGUGGUUCGUUGUAUAUGAUCGAGUUACCAUCUGAGGGAGUUGUUAGCCUUGGUUUGCUAAACCUCAUGUUUUGAUGUUAACAAACAAUAUAAGAGCUUAACGUUUGUUUAAGUGUUUCAGGAAAACAAGAAUCCAUUAAGAUUCGGUACUCAAGAAUGAAGUCGAAACACUAAACUAGCGUAGAAUAUAGGUAGAAACCAAUGUAAGGAUAUGACUUUAUAUACCUAUAUUCACAAGCUCAAAAGCACUCACAAAAUAUGUUUAAAACCAUCACAUAAACAUUUUAAAAUAUC